GCGCAGCCUCACUUCCGGCUGCUUGUUGACUCAGGAACUGUUGCUGUGCAGCUGUGAGCCGAGCCUUCCGAGGCUUCUGUUGGCGCUUGGAGAUCCCCGGCUGAGGAUGACCCGUCACGGAAAGAACUGCACCGCGGGCGCGGUAUACACAUAUCAUGAGAAGAAAAAAGACACAGCGGCCUCAGGCUACGGAACCCAGAAUGUGCGCCUGAGUCGGGACGCCGUCAAGGACUUUGACUGCUGCUGCCUCUCCCUGCAGCCCUGCCAUGACCCCGUUGUCACCCCUGACGGCUUCCUGUAUGAGCGGGAGGCGAUCCUGGAAUAUAUCCUGCACCAGAAGCGCGAAAUUGCCCGGCAGAUGAAGGCAUAUGAAAAGCAGCGAGGGGCGCAGCAGGAGGAACGGCGGGAGCUGAGCCGGGCGGCUGCCCAGGACCAGCUUCGGGGCUUUCUGGAGAAGGAGGCGGCCAUCGUCAGCCGGCCCCUCAACCCUUUCACUCCUCGGACGGGGGCCGGCCCAGGACCCAGCUCGACCCCGAGGCCGGGGACAAGGACAGACAAGGACAAAGCAAAGGAGUUACCCAGCUUCUGGAUCCCAUCGCUGACCCCGGAGGCUAAGGCCAGCAAGCUAGAAAAGCCGUCACGCGUCGUGACGUGUCCGAUGUCGGGAAAGCCCCUGCGCCUGUCGGACCUCAUCUCCGUCCACUUCACGCCAGUGGACGGCUCCGUGGACCGGGUGGGGCUGAUCACCCGCAGCGAGCGCUACGUCUGCGCGGUGACUCGGGACAGCCUGAGCAACUCCACCCCCUGCGCCGUCCUGCGGCCUUCGGGGGCCGUCGUGACCGUGGAGUGCGUGGAGCGCCUGAUCCGCAAGGACAUGGUGGACCCCAUCAGCGGGGCUCCGUUAACGGACAAGGACAUCAUCCCGCUGCAGAGGGGCGGCACGGGCUUCGCAGGUUCUGGGGUGCAGCUGGAGGCCAAGAAGUCCCGCCCCGUGAUGCAGGCCUGAAGGGGCCUGGGGGGAGGGGGGCAAACAGGACUGUUGUGGAUCGAGCAAAUGGAUAAUAAAGGUGUUGGCCUCCGC